UUCAUAACACAAGAAACAAACUUUCUAAAAAAUGGGAGAUUUCUUUCAAUCAAGAGAAUGGAUGUAUAAAAGAUUAAAACGUUAUGAUCAUAGUUUGUGCGGGAAAUUUAUUGAGGGUGUAAACACUUUUAUUUCUUUUGCUUGUAAUCAAGCAUUUUUUCUUGAGUGUGGGAAGUUGUUUUGUCCUUGUAAAAAAUGCAAGAAUCAAAAAUAUCGCGAUGUUGAUACAGUGACGAAACAUCUUAUGUUGAAAGGAUUUAAAGAAAAUUAUUACUUGUGGACGCAUCACGGAGAAAAUUGGCAAUACAAUGAUGGUGAAGCCUGUUCAUACGGCAAUUUCAAAACCUGUUCAUACGGCAAUUUCAGAUAUCGCACUCUUCUUUCGAGAUAUAUCUGCCAAAAUCUUGAAGAUUGAAGAUGUUGCUAGACUGAAAGAAAAUAUUGCAAUUAUGCUUUGCAAUCUUGAAAAAAUAUUUCCACCGGCAUUCUUUGAUGUGAUGGAACAUCUACCUGUCCAUCUCCCAGAUGAAGCUUUACUAGGUGGUCCGGUCCAAUAUAGGUGGAUGUAUCCGUUUGAACGAUACAUGUAUCAUCUGAAAAAAAAGGUUAAAAACAAAGCCAGGAUCGGAGGAUCAAUAGUGGCUCAGUGUGUGAAUGACGAAAUUUCUUACGUGACAAAUAAUUAUAUUGCACCUUCAACAGUUCAAGUCCCUGAAAAAGAUGUCAACGAAAUCAGAUUCACUUACAAAUAUCUUGAUGUUCCAAUAAUGUUCCAGCAAGAAGGAAGAAUCAGUGGAAAAUCAAGUAGUGCAUGGUUAAAUAACGAAGACUAUAAUAUUCUUCAGACAUUUUUAUUGCUCAACUGUGAAGUAUUUGAACCAUAUGAGAGGAUGUUUGAAGAUUAUAUGAUGGAUAACCACCCAAACAUAACUUCUAACGAUAUGACAAGAGCAAAAGAUGAAAAAUUUGCAAUGUGGUGUAAAGAUUACAUUAACAAUGCUAGCAAAUCAUUUGAAUUUCCAUUGUGGAUGUUGGAAUUUGUACAAGGUCCAAAGCACCAAAUCACGUCAUGGCCUAUGUAUUAUUCGAGAGGAUAUCAUUACCACACACAAAGUCAUGGACAAAAUAAAAAGACAAUGAAUUUUGGUGUUUGUGUUCCUGGAACUACCGAGACCGAGUAUUUUGGACUUAUCGAAGAAAUAUUCAUGAUAGAGUAUCAUGGUGCCGUUGGGUUAAAAGCCAUGAUUUUUAAAUGUCAUUGGUUCAACAUCGAUCAAGGAAUACGAAGACAUCCAUCUGGCAAUGUUGAUGUUUGCCCACAAAUGCAUUAUGACAAGUACGAUCCUUUUAUAUUACCAGAACAAUGUGAUCAAGUAUGUUAUGUUCCUUAUACUCGUCUACGAUCAAGAAGAGAAGAAUGGUGGACAACAAUAAAAGUUAUGCCGAGAGGAUUUUUUGAAACUAAAGAAGUUUCUCAAAAUGCAAUACAAAACAAUAUUGUUGAUCAUGUGAUAUCAUCCACUAAUAUUGUGCGAGUCGAAGCACAUGCAGUCCAAGAUGAUUCAAAUUACGAACUGAUGCCAAUGAUUAAUCCAGAAGAUGAAUAUUUAUCUGAAAAUGAUUUUAUCGAUCAGUAUGACGAAUAUUCUUAUUCAGAUUCGCAUUCGGACUAAUAAUAUUGUAUGAAUAAAUGGUUAAAAAAAUAAUGUAUGUGUUAUAAAACAAAUAAGAAGAUAAAUAAUAAUUUGUAAUGUAUUUAAUAUUGUAUGAAUAAAUGGUUAAGAAAAU